AUGAGCCACGUCCAGUUGAGCUUUCUUCCGGCCAACACUACGUUCGCUCUGCAGCCGCUGGACCAGGGAGUUAUUCGAGCGUUCAAGGCUGUCUACAGGAGGUUCAUGCUUCGAGCGCUGCUGGCCACAAUGGAGGAGACCGACGACACUGCCAAUGUUUGUCGCUCAGUGACACUUUUGGACGCCAUCAAAUGGACAGUUAAGGCGUGGCAGGCAACACAAGCUUCAACGAUCCAGAAGUGUUUCAGAGCCUGCGGGUUCACAGCGGAGAACACGGAGACCAGCGACGACGAGUACCCCGACGACGACAUCCCUCUCGCGGACCUCGUCCUGCAUUUGUGCUUUCAGUUGGAUGAGCUCACAUCACUUGACACAGACGUCCAGACUCAUGACUCCGAGUGGGAAGCAGACAUCGUCAACUGCUAUAGAAAGGACGACGCUGACGCCCCCGACACUGCCGAUCCCGCAGAUGCCGCCAAUGAUGUGGACCAUCAAGAGGAAACGGUGGAAGUGCCUCCAGUGACUCUCAAAGAGAUCCGCAACUUUGCUCUCCGUCUGCAGUGGUAUGGACAUGAGACGGAUGGCGACUUCCUGGCAACUGCAGACAUCCUCAUCAAAAGUUCAGAGAUUAAGAUUGUAAAGCAGAAAUGUGCACUGAAGCAGAGAGUGAUCUAG